AUAUAUUUCAACCAUCAUUGUACAAUCUGAGAAAAAAAAUGGGAUCUGCUAUCAGUGCGUCAUUAGUCAAGAAAAGUUGGGUUUAUCUUUGCAAAAGAAAUCACGUUGAGAAUGGGAGUCUCUAGAGAGUUACUCAGUUUCGACAACCUCACAGCGAGAGAAAACGAGUUUCUCGCCCAAUCAAUGGAAACCCAUGUGAAUGUUUUGUUUAUCGUAAGAAUAACACUAAGCUACGUCGGGUUAGCCAUCGUCAUGUUUGGUAUGGGUUGUUUCAUCUCGAUGGAUGACUUCUCUCGUAAAGAAAUGCAUCUUCCUCAGAGCGUGAUGAUUGGUCUAGGUCUCCAGUACUUCAUCCAGCCCUUGGUCGGUUAUCUCCUGGCUCUCAUCCUCGACAUGGAGACCUUCGAUGCCCUGUCUAUUAUCAUGCUGGCCGUGUGUCCUGUAUCACCAUUCUGCUCCGUCCUCGUUUACUACGGAGGAGGGUUUGUCACUGUCGGAUUGUGCCUUUCAAUGUUUUCUACAGCCCUAUCGAUAGGGCUCAUUCCAUUCUGGUUUUCCUUCUACUCGAGUGCGUGGUCAAAUGCAUAUUACGUCAUAGGUACACCUCGUGAAAUCCUCAUCACCGAAGUCAUCAUCUUCAUACCAACUGGGUUAGGUGUGCUCUUCAAGAGAUUGGCAGGGGAGAAGCGGGCAAGGAAAGUAGCCAAGAUUUGCAGCUUUGCAUUUGUGGUGACUGUUGUGGUAGGUCCUAUCCUGAACGGCAUAAACCAUCCAAAUCACUAUAUCGGUGCCUGGCAGCUUUGGGUGGGUGGCUGUCUUCUACCCUUUGUUGGAUUCAUCUUUGGUCUCAUCCUCGCUUCCGUCUUCAAGUUACCAUACGAGGCCUGCAGCGCUGUCUCGCUCGCUGUCGGCACACCGAAUUGGUUCAUUGCCUCAGCCAUGGCCUGGAACUAUUUUGGGCAAGACGAAAACGCUCUCCAUGAAGUUCUUACCCUGGUGUCCAUCUUCAGCAUAUCCAUGCCUAUCGAGGGGUUCAUCUGGUCCGUGGCCUAUUACGGGGUCGAAGAGCUCAUCCGAAAGAUUUACCCCAAAAUCGUCAUGAUGUUCGAUGAUCCCGAUAGCGAUGACGAAUUGGAAGUUACCGAACUGGAUGAGGAGAUGAAGAGGAAGAAAGAGAGAGUUGUGUAUAUACUUGGACAAGUGUUGGACGAUGAUGAAGAAUAUUAACCAUAUUUCAUUAACUUUCCAUCCUCACUAAUCAAUUCAGGACAACGAGGAAUGGAGGAAGGGAAGGGGGCGAUACUUUCCACUUUAUAGAAUGAUCCAUACAGGGCAAAUCACAGUCAAAUAUGAGAUUUCACAGAAUACCAUCAGUGUGACACGCGUUGUACUGUGUCUUUGUUCCAUUAGGGGGUGUUUAUUCAUGUAUAUGUUAAAUAUUACAAUGAUUAUGAUAAAACACUAUCAUAUACACCAGGACUAUACUCCAUCGGCUAAAGAAUCCCUCCUAUAGUCGACUGAGUCUUACCCAAUGACAAUUUUUGUUCGUGAUAUUCAGCGACAGUUGUUAUAAGCUCCUGAAAAUCUUUGCAUCUGAUUGGCUAAGAGCAAAUUAGUCAAUGAAAAUCACUGACUCGCCAUAUGAACGGUCCCCAGAUGCAGAUCCGGGUGCUUGCAUCUCCCCCUUCAAAUUUUGACCAUUUACCAUAAUUUAUACUCUACGCUACUGCCUUAUCUGCUGGCUUUCAUCGUUGCAAAUAGUACUAUCAUAAUCAGUGUCAAGGAAAUCCCUCAAUUUGGUAUUUUCUUAGAGUUAUCUUUUUAUAUGAAAACUGCAAUUCUGUGUUGAAUAUACAUUGCCCCCCCCCUUCCUCAUCAUGCACAGUAAAAACGCUGUUUAAAUAUACAUCGUUGUUUACACUCUUAAAAUAGUUGGGCAAAACAAAUGCCCAACUUUUAACCAACCCUGGGCAACAUAGUGUCCACACAACUAUUGUUUAAAAUCUGUCCAAAUUGGGUAAUAAAAACUAAUAAUUGGGUAAUAAAUUUGCUCACUUGGAUAAUAAUUGCCCAGAAUAUAUAUAUAUAUUACCAACAUGCAUUACCCAACACAGUGGACAGUAUGUUGCCCAAUAUUUUAAGUGUGUACUAUACGAACCUUACAGUAGUUAAUCAAAGUGUUUAAAAACUACAAAGUUUGAUUUUAAUAUUUAAUUUUCAAUAAAUCAAGCAUGGUUGCUUAAACUGUUAAACAGAUAGUACUGUAAGGUCCAUAUAGUAAAUGGCGUUGUAUAACAAAAGUUAAACAGCGUUUUUACUGUGGAAUGUUUUACCCCUCUAUGUUUGUUCCAUUGGCAAGAACGGGUACUUUAUAAGUGUGUUGCAUUCUUUUGUAAUUUCUUUGGUCCAUAUUUCAUUUUCUAUUCUAUUCUUUAUCUGAAGAUUUAUAUAAUAAGAGUAAGCCUGGCUUCAUUUUUUAUAUGAAGACAGAAAAAUAAAGAAAAAUAAAUUAUUAAUUAAUGUUUAGCGAAAACUAUCAAAGAACCAAAUUCACAAGACUUCACAAAAUUAAAAUGUCCAAGUUCAUCAUUAUUUAUGUUAUUCUAUGGUGAAUUUCAGCUAAACGUUCAUAUUUCUUUCUUGUUUCUCUCUCUAUCUAAUCAACUUGCUGUAAGGUAAUGGACUCCCCCUUUUUUUAUACGAUAAUAUUUUUGUCUACGCAUGCAUGUUCUAGGUAUGUUAUAUAUUGAGUUACGAUUCUGUAUAAUUAAAAAGAAAAUAACAUUGGUUAUGGGUUAAUCACUGCGUAUAAUAAAGUGAAUGAUGAUCGGCUUAAGGCAUUAAGAGAACAAACAAGUUCAUCAUAAGAUGAAGAGGAAUUUUUUUAUAUAAAUGCAAUUAAGUGUUUUUUUUUUUUUUUUUUUUUUUUUUUUUACAAAGGAGUUCUGGAUGGUGUGUGAUGAUGCUUGUAUGAUGAUAUUCCGUAGUUUGUGUAUUUUUCACUUUUUUAUAUCUACGUGUAUAUGCUUGAUAAAUGUGUUAUUACUUGGUGCUAUGAGUUUUAUGCAAACCGACAAGCAACAUAAUAAUGGGUGUAACUUGAAUAAGAUAAAUUAUUGUUACAUAAUAUGUCAUAUAAAGUUUGAUUGUAAUUUUCAAGAAUUCGCGGCUCGAAAUUAACCCUGACUGCGAGGGUACAUGGUGAUUUUAUCUAUUUUUACGCUUACAGGGGCAUAGCGGGCCGAGGACGAAUACAAUCUAGUAGGCUACUAGAAGAACAAUAAUCAUAUUGGGAACUUCUCACAAAUUGAAAGGAAAGUAAUUAGGAAUAUAUCAGAGGCUUUUUUUUUAUAUAAAAGAGAGAAUGAACGCACUAAUAAAAAAUAAUGAUCACUCUCAAGAUGUUUACAAAGGUUAGUGUAAAAGAGGCAUAAUACCAGCAUGUGGGGAAUUUGAGGUUCCUAGGAAAUGAAUUAAAUAGCAUUCAUCAGUUGUAAAGGGCAUAUUACGGAGUUGACAAUUGUGUUCGCCUGGUUGUGAUUAAAGGCGAGGGGGUAGGGGGUGUACUGACGUACUCCUCUCAUAUUUGAAUGAAGUGAUAAAGAUACUUGCCGUAUUCAUGUUGGUGGAAGAAUUCGAAACAGAUUUUUAAAAUGCGGAACAUUUUAUGAUUUAGCCUUUUAUGAAUUAAUGUGCUUCCGAUAUAUUGGCACACAUGCUGUGUAUUGCAAAAGCUAAAUUAUAACAUUUUAUACACUGCAUAUUGCUGCCUAUAUUGUUAAGUUUGUUGUUAUACAAUUAUAUUUCUUUGUAAAUACAUUCUCUUUUGCUUUGGGAUUAUAUGAAUUUUGCUAAAUUAAUGACAGACAAUAAAUCAUGGAUAUAAACGUA